AUGGGGAGUUUAGGCAAGUAUGUUGGAGUAUUUGUUAUUAUGUUUGUGUUGCUGAUGGGAACUUUUGAAUGCCGGAAAUUUAAGAAAGAAGAAUUUGUUGAGAAUUUUGGUGGAGGUGGUGGUUUAGGUGGUGGAGGUGGAGGUGGUUUAGGCGGUGGAUUUGGAGGUGGUGCUGGAGGUGGUAGUGGUGGAGGAAGUGGAGGUGGUUAUGGUGGAGGACUUGGAGGUGGUACUGGUGGUGGUCUAGGUGGAGGCGGAUCUGGUGGAGGCUUUGGAGGUGGUGCUGGAAGUGGUGAUGGAGUUGGUGGAGGCUUUGGAGACGGGGUAAGCGGCUGGUGCGAAUGA